CCAUUCCUUUGUCGUUCUUGAGACAUCAUUUUGUAAGCUGCUCGGCCGCGGGAGAGCACGCUAUUUCAGUUACAAUAUUUAUUAAAACAUUUUAAGUAAAAACUCAUAAACAAAAUGAGGGAAAUAGUGCAUUUACAAGCCGGGCAGUGUGGAAACCAGAUUGGUGCUAAAUUCUGGGAGAUUAUAUCAGAGGAGCACGGCAUCGACCCAACCGGCGUGUACCGCGGCACUAGCGACCUGCAGCUAGAGAGAAUAUCCGUCUACUACAAUGAGGCCUCUGUUGCGACGAAGGAGAAUGGCGGCAAAUACGUACCCCGAGGCAUCUUACUCGACCUCGAACCCGGCACCAUGGACGCCGUACGGUCCGGCGCCUACGGCCAGCUCUUCCGGCCGGACAAUUUCGUCUUCGGUCAGUCCGGCGCCGGCAACAACUGGGCCAAGGGUCACUACACAGAGGGCGCGGAGCUCGUAGACGCCGUGCUCGACGUGGUGCGCAAGGAGUGCGAGAACUGCGACUGUCUGCAGGGCUUCCAGCUGACGCACUCGCUGGGCGGAGGCACCGGCUCCGGCAUGGGCACGCUGCUCAUCUCCAAGAUCCGCGAGGAGUAUCCCGACAGGAUCAUGAACACGUACUCCGUCGUGCCCUCGCCCAAGGUGUCCGAUACCGUCGUCGAGCCCUACAACGCCGUACUCUCCAUUCACCAGCUCGUCGAGAACACCGACGAGACGUACUGCAUAGACAACGAGGCCCUCUACGAUAUCUGCUACCGAACGCUCAAGCUCUCCAACCCGACCUACGGCGACCUGAACCACCUGGUGUCGCUGACGAUGUCCGGCGUGACCACCUGCCUGCGAUUCCCCGGUCAGCUGAACGCCGACCUGCGCAAGCUGGCCGUCAACAUGGUGCCCUUCCCACGGUUGCACUUCUUCAUGCCCGGCUUCGCGCCGCUCACGUCCCGCGGCAGCCAGCAGUACCGCGCCCUCACCGUGCCCGAGCUCACCCAGCAGAUGUUCGACGCCAAGAACAUGAUGGCGGCGUGCGAUCCUCGCCACGGCCGCUACCUCACCGUCGCCGCCAUCUUCCGCGGCCGCAUGUCCAUGAAGGAGGUCGACGAGCAGAUGCUCUCCAUUCAAAAUAAGAACAGCAGCUUCUUUGUUGAAUGGAUUCCGAACAACGUAAAGACCGCCGUGUGCGACAUUCCUCCCAAGGGUCUGAAGAUGUCGUCCACAUUUAUCGGCAACACGACCGCGAUCCAGGAGCUGUUUAAGAGAAUAUCGGAACAGUUCACCGCCAUGUUCAGACGUAAAGCCUUCUUGCAUUGGUACACGGGCGAGGGUAUGGACGAGAUGGAGUUCAACGAGGCGGAGAGCAACGUCAACGACCUGGUGUCGGAGUACCAGCAGUACCAGGAGGCGACGGCGGAGGACGACACGGAGUUCGACCAGGAGGAUAUGGAGGAGCUGGCGCAGGACGAGCACCACGACUAGAGCGACGGCGCGGAGAGGCUGCCUUCUUAUAUUUUUUAUUUAUUUUUUAUCCAACAGAGGCUUCUAUAAGAGACUAUAUGCGCUAUAUUUAAAAAAAGUCCUCGCAAAUCACAAAGUUUAAUCUAAC